CGAGGUUGGGAUUGUUUUUUGCUCUUUGCGAUUUGCUACGUUUCGCGUUGCGCCGGCCUCCAAUAUGCGGCACCUCCUUCGGGAGCCGGUGGCUUUCAGAUGAAGCAACUCACCGAUGAUAGUGCCGGCUCCGGUAUCACGACGCAGCAGGCGCGGGCCGUUCAGCUGCCAAAACACGUCACUCCUCCAGCCCUCACAUGCCCCUCCCCUCUUGGCUGCCUUCCUCGCAGCGCACCACUCCUCAGCCUCGUAUGCAGCGGCGCCGUCCAACCUUGCCACCUCGGUGCCUCCGCUCCGACGGUUUGUCGUCUUUGCCGCCACCCGCCAUGCCCGAGCCACCUCCCCCUUGAUGGUAGAGCUUCCGGGGAUCAACGUUCUCGCCUCGCACAUUUUCUGCUUCGUAUGGGCCCCUUGCGCCAGCCAAUAGCUGAUGUAGCAUCGCAGCUCACCAGCGGGGUUAUGCUGCAUUACAGAGGCAAAGCUUACUGCCAGGGAUGGCUCACCGGAGAAGGCAGGGCUACACUACGGCAGUGCAGCUCACGAACGGGGACAACACGUCUCACUGACGAGGCAUGCGAUGCAGCAGCUGUCAGCAGCCCUGCACAGGUCUGCAGCUGCAUCCUCUCCAAUUCUAUCACCCGUUGCUUACAAGUUUCUGCAAAAAUAAGAAUGAAUUUGACUACAAAUGCGGCUGACAAGGACUCCUACUUGAUGAAGAGAAAUUCAGGCUACAUGCCUUGCCUAAGAAAUGAAGCGGAGGUAGAAGAGUUUGAGUGUGUUCAAGUUCAGAUGCUAUUUGAAUGCUUGAGACCAGCAACAAUCAUCAAACCAUAUAACCAUCUUUCCUUUGCCUUUUGGUGUAUGAUUAGAAAAGCUGGCCACAGAUGAAGAUGUUCUAAUGUGUACUUCUGCGAUGAUUGUUUGUUCCCCCAUAAACAACAGCAAGGGAAAGGAAAAGAAAACAGAGGAACAAAUAGCCUCAAUAUUUAGGCGUGAUUCAAAGCAAGAUACCAUACAAAGAUAUCAUUAGGCAGGAAUAACUUUUGUACCUGUUCAGAAAUACCAGGUAGCUAUGAGACGCAUCACAAAGCAUAUCUUUUUUUUUUCUACUGCUCUUGGACGUAUGAAAUCUCAAUUGGGAAUGUUUUCUUUUGAUAAUCAAACAUUCCAUUGGCAUACCACUGGAUCACUUAGUGACAUGAUGGCAGCGAGACAUUUCCUACUUUUUACCUGCAACCUGUAUAACAUGCUGUGAGGCUAUGACAUCUGCCUUUUAUGCAUAAAUCAUGUCAUAA